AUGCUAGCCAUCCAGGCCUGGAACCUCCACCCACACACGACGCCGCUUGAUUACCGGUACCUACGCCCACGUCCUCUCCCACCACUUCCACUGAGUCUCGCACGCAAGAGGGAAAAACAUCACACCGGAAUCAUUAGCACCUCACCCAUUCCCAUGUGCAGAAUACCGCCGGCGCCUCGCUAUUUUUGCCUUGGUCCGAAGGUUCCCGGUACCGCAAGGGCAAUGUGCAGCCCCCCACCCGCCGAUGAACGGGGACGUGCCCCAUCUGACGUCCCAUCCUCCAAUCACCUACGAGGUUCCCAGUCAACAUAUGCUAAGCUUCUACAUUGA